UGACAGCCUCGUGACUAGCUAAAGCAAAAGGAGAGAGACUGGGAAAAUGAAGAUACUUCUGGUUCUAGCAGUUGCAGUUGUGGUGGCAGUGUCAGGGUUUCCUUCCUGCACCAACCUAGGCCCAUCACAAUUACUCUGCCAGGUGUUUCUGGGAGGCACCCACUUCUGCCCCGCCACUUCGUGUGCACAGAUCGCCCAAACCAGGGUGUGGGACGCUAAAGACGGCUACUAUUGGCUCACUACCGACAACGAUGUGUCUCAGGUUUACUGUGCACACAGUAUCACCCCGAGGGAGCCGCGAGGUUGGAUGCGAGUUGGACUCAUCGAUGCUAAAACCAGCUGUCCGUCAGACCUGGCAUACUUUGUUGCUGGCAAUCGGAAAGUUUGUAGGAAGACAGUCAAUGCUGGUUGCAGCUCUGUUACUUUCAAAAGUAACGGAAUAAGCUACUCAAAAGUGUGCGGACGAGUCUACGGGUACGCAGACCGCACUGUGGAUGGGUUUAAGAUACACGGGGUUUGCCGGGGUUUGAAGAAGUGUACCAUAGAUCAGCCAUACAUGGACGGUGUGAGCAUCACCCACGGCAGACCUCGACAGCACGUUUGGACUCUGGCAGCCUCGACCUUCUCAUCACUCGGUCAGUGUCCGUGCAGUGACAAUCCAAAGCUGACCGCCCCCCGCCCGUACGUCGGAGGUGAUUACUACUGCGACAUUGAAAAGAGCGGCACGUUUCUCGAUGAAGAUCGGCUGUGGGACGGGAAAAGUUGUUCAGUAGGUGGAGAGGCAUGCUGUAAGAGGGCCAACUGGUUCUGUAAGGACUUGCCCCAGCCCACCAAUGAAGAUAUAGAGUUUAGACUCUGCGCAGACCAGGUCAGGAGAGACGAAGACGUGUACAUUGAGUUUGCUGAGAUAUACGUACAGUGAAAUCAACUGGGACUUGAUCAUUACCAUAGUUUUAGACUAUCUGUGAUUGAACACAAUGUAUUCUAUGUAUACAUGCUAAUCAAUGAAGUUAUUA